AUGGCUUCUAAACUUGUGUUGAUCAUCGUCUUCAUCUUUGAUCUCAUUGCCUUCGGCCUCGCUGUAGCUGCUGAGCAGAGGCGAACCACUGCUAAAAUCACAGCAGAUCAAGAGAAGGACUACAACUACUGUGUAUAUGACUCUGACAUCGCAACUGGUUUUGGCGUGGGAGCAUUCUUGUUCCUUUUGGCCAGCCAAGUCCUGAUAAUGGUAGCAAGCAAAUGUUUCUGCUGCGGGAGGGCCAUGAACCCUAGUGGCUCCAGGGCCUGUGCAGUCAUGCUCUUCCUAAUCUGCUGGUUGUUCUUCCUUGUGGCGGAGGCCUGCUUGCUGGCGGGUUCGGUGAGGAACGCCUACCACACCAAGUACAGGAACAACAGGGCUAUCUUUGGUGCCGACCCACCGACUUGCCAGACCCUGAGGAAGGGAGUUUUCGCGGCUGGAGCAGCUUUCACUCUGUUCACAGCCAUCGUCUCCGAGUUCUACUAUGUUUCAUACUCCAAGGCCAGAGGUGGUGGCUCCAACCAGUAUGGCAGAGAAACUGGAGUUGGGAUGGGUACCUACAAAUGA